GUGGACAUGGACCUUCUUCAGUAUCUGGCCUUCCUCUUUGCCUUGGAACUAUCUGAGAUGGGAGCCACAGGGACCCUGAGAACCUCCCUGCACCCGAGCCUGGAGAUCUACAAGAAGAUGUUUGAGGUGAAGCGCCGGGAGCAGCUGCUGGCUCUGAAGAACCUGGCACAGCUGGAUGACGUCCACCAGCAGUACAGGAUCCUUGACGUCAUGCUCAAGGGGCUCUUUAAGGUACUGGAGGACUCCCGGACGGUGCUCAUUGCUGCAGAUGUCCUCCCAGACGGGCCCUUCCCCCAGGACGAGAAGCUAAAGGACGCCUUCUCGCAUGUGGUGGAGAACACGGCCUUCUUCGGCGACGUGGUCCUGCGCUUCCCCAGGAUCGUGCACCACUAUUUCGAUCACAACUCCAACUGGAACCUGCUCAUCCGCUGGGGCAUCAGCUUCUGCAACCAGACGGGCGUCUUCGACCAGGGGCCCCACUCGCCCAUCCUCGGCCUGAUGGCACAGGAGCUGGGCAUCAGCGAGAAAGACUCCGACUUCCAGAACCCAUUUAAGGUGGACCGCACCGAGUUCAUUCCCAACACUGACCCUUUCCAGAAGGCUCUGAGAGAAGAGGAGAAACGCCGGAAGAAAGAGGAGAAGCGGAAAGAGAUCCGAAAAGGCCCUCGGAUCUCGCGAUCCCAGUCCGAGUUAUAGCCCUGGAGCAGCGCAGGGUCAGGGGCCAGGAGGAGGCCACGUGGGAGGAAGAGGCGGCUGAGGUG